AUGCUGUCUUUUCGUUCCACUGACCCACGCACACACACACACACACACAGGCUGGGCUGCUUUCGAGGCUGGACGGGAAGAGCGUUUUGCGGAGACUGGCUAGGAGACGAGCUGAGGAGGGAGAGGGAGGAGAGGGAGGAGAGGGAGGAGAGGGAGGAGAGGGAGGAGAGGGAGGAGAGGGAGGAGAGGGAGGAAAGUGUGUCUGUUGGUGCGCUCCCCUCCUCCGCCUCCGGCUUGGCAACUCAGCCCGGUCGGAGUUGCUGGCGCAACCGGAGCUGA